AAGGUCUAUGCGUUCAAUACAUUCUUCUACGCCAAUAUUUCUACGAAAGGUUACGCAUCUGUUAAAAGAUGGACUCGCAAGGUGGACAUAUUCGCGCAUGAUCUGCUACUGGUUCCGGUACAUUUAAGUGUGCAUUGGUGCAUGGCGGUCAUUGACCUCGCUGAGAAGCGCAUUGACUACUAUGACUCGUUACUUGGAAAAAAUCAAAAGUGCCUAGAACAUUUGAAGCGAUACCUCGUGGAAGAAAGCAAUGACAAGAAAAAACAGAAUUUCAGUUUUGAUGGAUGGGAUUUCAAGCUUCGUACG